GUUAUAUUUCCGAGUGACACAUUCCUUGUUUACCGGACCCAAACAGAACAGCUGAUGUUUUAAGUAGUGACACAAGUUGUACGUUUUGGUUGAUGUAAUUGAUCAAUUCCUUUUUUGAGACAAGAGGGAUGUUGAGUUCCAAGCUGCUGACUCUGGUUCUGGUGGUCCAGCCUGGCCGGGUGCUACUGGGCAUGAAGAAGCGAGGGUUCGGGGCUGGGAGGUGGAAUGGUUUUGGGGGGAAAGUCCAAAGCGGAGAAACUGUCGAGGAAGGAGCAAGGAGGGAACUCCUUGAAGAAAGUGGCCUCACAGUGGACACGCUGGAAAAGGUGGGAAACAUCAAAUUUGAAAUGGUCAGUGAUGCGCAGCUGCUCGACGUCCAUAUUUUUAGAGCCGACUCGUACAAUGGAGAGCCAACGGAAACGGAAGAAAUGAGACCUCGCUGGUUCGACUCUGACAAAAUCCCUUUUGAGCAAAUGUGGCCCGACGACAAGCUGUGGUUCCCGCUGCUACUGCAGAAGAAGAAAUUUGUGGGCAACGUUCAGUUCCAAGGCCACGACGUUAUUCUAAGCUACAAGCUGGACGAGGUGGAUGAGCUGUGAGAUGAUGGGAAGCUGUGUGGGAGGUGUAUAUAUCAUAUAUAUCAUCUUCUAGACGUUGCCUUUGCCAUUACUGGAAAAAUAUGAAUACUGGUAAAAUGCCAAAAAAUAUUGGACCAAAAUGUAUAAUAGCACAAUUAGGGGUGAGCAUAAAGUUUGUCAAUUGUCUCUUUGUUUCCAGCAAAUUCACUUAUUUGAUUGGGGAAAUUUAACCUGUUGUCAAUUUUUGCACACAGCACGCAUUUGGCGCCAUCUAGUGGCUGGUUGUUGCCAAGCACUAUUAUCAUUGUCCUUUCUGAUCGCAAAAGUCGAACGAUUCAUUAGUAAUGUGUAAAAAUACAAAUCUGGCAAUUUCCUUCAUUUUAUUGUUUAACACGGCAAAAUAUCAACAUAUUCAUCAGUCAUCUGAUUUCCUAUAAAAUGCCACCAUAAAUUGUGCAGUAUUGUUUGUAAGAUGUGCAAAUCACUUUCUACAAGGUGUCAAUUCUUUUCUAAGAAUACAAAAAGUGUUCCAAAACA